AUGUCGUUUGAAAAACUUGAUUUGGAGCCAUUCUUCGCCAAAAUCGACGAAUUGAAGCCUGCCUUCAUCGAAAGAUUGCGCAAAGCCAUCGCCAUCCCCUCAGUGUCCGCCGAUGAAUCCCUCAGACCCAAGGUGGUGGAAAUGGCCGCCUUCCUAGUCAACGAACUCACCACUUUGGGCUUCACCGACAUCCAGCUCAAGGAUUUGGGCAAGCAGCCUCCUCCAGUGCUGAACCCAGACUUGCAGUUGCCCCCAAUUGUGUUGGCCAGACUCGGAACCGACCCCAAGAAGAAGACGGUGCUUGUGUACGGCCACUACGACGUUCAGCCCGCUGGUUUGGAAGAUGGCUGGUCCUCGGAGCCCUUCGAGUUGAAGCACGAUGAGCAGGCCGACAUUUUGUACGGAAGAGGCUCGACUGACGAUAAGGGCCCUGUGAUGGGCUGGUUGAAUGUGGUGGAGGCCCACAACGCCUUGGGAUGGGAAUUGCCGGUGAACUUGGUCGUGUGCUUCGAAGGUAUGGAGGAAUCUGGCUCUUUGGGGCUCGACGAGCUUGUGGCCAAGGAGGCCAAGCAGUAUUUCAAGGGCGUCGACGCCGUGUGCAUCUCAGACAACUACUGGUUGGGCACCCUGAAGCCUGUGUUGACGUACGGGUUGAGAGGAUGCAACUACUACCAAGUAACCAUCAAUGGCCCGGGAGCUGACUUGCACUCUGGUAUUUUCGGAGGUGUAGUUGCCGAGCCCAUGACCGAUUUGGUGCAAGUCUUGUCGCAGUUGGUCACCUCAGACGGCAAAAUUCUCGUGCCUGGUAUUGACGACAUGGUUGCUGAGUUGACCAAAGAAGAAGAUGCCUUGUACGACAACAUUGACUUCUCUGUAGAUGAGUUGCAGGCUGCGUCGGGCUCCAAGACCGCUUUGUACGACAACAAGAAGGAUAUCUUGAAGCACAGAUGGAGAUACCCAUCCUUGUCUAUCCACGGUAUCGAGGGAGCGUUCUCUGGCGCUGGUGCCAAAACAGUGAUCCCUGCUAAAGUUACGGGUAAGUUCUCCAUCAGAACGGUGCCUGACAUUGAAUCUUCCAAAUUGGAUCAAUUGGUGUUCGCCCAUGUCACCAAGGUGUUCAAGCAGCUCAACUCCAAGAACCAGAUGAAGGUGGAGUUGAUCCACGACGGUGAGUACUGGAAGUCUGAUCCUUUCAACGAGUCCUUCACCGCCGCCUCCAAGGCCACCGAGCACGUGUGGAACGUCAAGCCAGACUUCACCAGAGAAGGCGGCUCGAUUCCUAUCACCUUGACUUUCGAGAGGGAGUUGGGCACCCAGGUGCUUCUUUUGCCCAUGGGCAGAGGCGACGAUGGCGCCCACUCCAUCAACGAGAAGUUGGACGUCAGCAACUACAUCAACGGGUGCAAGACUCUUGGUGGCUACUUGCACUACUACGCUCAGUAA